GGUGGUCGCCUUAACUUUGCCGGCGCGCGCGUCUGGGCCGAUCAAGCCGACCCUCGCCUUCUGGCUUCGAUCGAGCUCACCGUCUGCCUCGACGCCCUGGCCGCUGGCGACAAGCUCCAUCUCCACGUUUCCCGUCCCGCUAAGGACCCCAUCAUCGGUCAGCUUUACAGCAACCUCAAGGCGGCCGGUGCCGCUGAGGGUGUGGAGGUGGAACUGGUGCACAAGAAGAUCAACAUCAGCGACCCCAGCAUCGCCUGGGAGCACGAGGUCUUUGCGCGCAAGCGUAUCCCCGCCGCGACCAUCUCCCACUUUGCCCAGCAUUCUGCCACCCUCUUCUCCCGCUCCAACGUGCUCGACACCACGAGCCAGAUCGAUAUGGACGUGUUUGCGCGCAACGUGAAGGUGGUGGGCGAGGGUCUGGCCCGCUAUGUCUACAAGCUGGGCAACCAGUCGGGCGCGGUGCUCGAGGGCUCCCACGCCGUCCACGCCGACUUCCUGCGCUCGUGGCUCGCCACCGUCGCCUCCUUCCCGCGCGUCUACCCCUACCUCGCCCCCGCGUCGCCCCUGUUCGGCGCCCUCGAGAAGGCGCUGGGCGACUACGCCGAGGUGACCAGGCAGACCCAGCCGUGGGACGGCGAGGUGACGCCGGCCGCCGCGGCCGACGCUGACGUGUCGCGACCAGCCAGCCGGGCGUCGUCGGUGGUCUUCUAUCAGCCGGCGACUGCGUCGCUGGCCGUGCACAAGGUCAAGCCGGGCACCUUCGACCUUCUUCUCACGGUCGUCAUCGCCGCCUACCUGGGCCUGGUCUACGUCUACUUCAAGGGCGUGGACGAGACGAUGAAGCAGGUGCAGGGCCUCCUGACCUCCAAGGACAAGAAGAAGAUCAGGUAA